CCGCAGGCCACGGCGCGGCCCGGCCGCCCGCCUGCCGAGCGCCUGCCUGGCCCGCGUCUUCCCCGGGGCCCCGGGGGGGCUGCACCGCCUCCCUCAGCCGCCUAUAUAGGGGCAGGGGCGGCAAGGCUGCCUGGGCGGGCGCUGUGGUUUCGGACUUGGUGUCGCUUUGGAAGCGACAGAGCUGUUGCUGUGCUGUAGUUACAAGCAGUUUGUACUCUGCUAGUGUUAUUACAAAUAGGAAAAAUAAUAGGAGGGAAGCUGGGGAGCUGAGACAAAGGGGAAAAUAUUCCUGCCAGCUGGCGUAGUCACCUGAUGCAGACUGUGCCUCUGUAAUCAACAGAAAGGAGAAAAAGACUCAACUCCUGCCAGGAAACAGGAGACUUUACUCUGUAGUAACUGAUAAACAAGUGUGAAGCAUGAGAAUCAACUCUGCUCUUCAGGCUGCUAUUGACCUCACAGCAGGAGCUGCAGGUGGGACAGCAUGCGUGCUGGCUGGCCAGCCCUUGGACACCGUCAAGGUGAAGAUGCAGACCUUCCCUGACAUGUACAAAGGAAUCGUUGACUGUUUUGUGAAAAUCUAUAAGCAAGUGGGGUUUCGAGGCUUCUACAAGGGAACGACACCAGCGCUUGUAGCCAACGUUGCGGAGAACUCCGUUCUGUUCAUGUGCUAUGGAUUUUGCCAACAACUUGUGAGAAAAAUUGUUGGAGUAGACAGGAAAACAAGGCUCAGCGAUCUGCAGAACGCUGCCGCAGGUUCCUUUGCCUCUGGCUUUGCCGCCCUUGUCCUGUGCCCAACGGAGCUGGUGAAGUGCCGGCUGCAGGCCAUGCAUGAAAUGCAGUUGUCAGGAAAGAUAGUCCAGGGACAAAAUACAGUUUGGUCAGUAGUGAGGGGUGUUAUUCGAAGGGAUGGUCCCCUUGGAUUUUACCGUGGCCUGCCAAGCACUUUGUUGCGGGAAGUCCCGGGUUAUUUCUUCUUCUUUGGAGGAUAUGAACUGAGUCGGACGUUUUUUGCCGCUGGGAGACCAAAGGAAGAAUUAGGUCCUGUUCCUUUGCUACUAAGUGGAGGUUUUGGAGGCAGCUGUCUGUGGAUUGCUGUGUAUCCUGUGGACUGUGUCAAAUCUAGAAUUCAGGUUCUUUCCAUGGCUGGAAAACAGACAGGCUUUAUGGGAACACUUGCAGAUAUUGUGAAAACUGAAGGUGUACUUGCCUUGUAUUCUGGACUAAAGCCAACUAUGAUCCGAGCAUUCCUGGCCAAUGCAGCACUGUUCCUUGCCUAUGAGUACAGCCGGAAACUCAUGAUGCAACAAGUAGAUAUUUCUGAUAACUUCUAACAGAGAACAAAAGCUCAUUUAAGGAUCAUUUAAGUAAAUGAUCAAAAAUGGUCGGAGCAGGGUAGAAUAAUUUACCUAAUUUUAGGAACUCAACUCUACUUUAGAAUUUGUAAUCUUUUAAAUUCAGGUGAUUUUAUAGAGAUGUGUACAUGCUGCUUGAAGUGGACCAGCAGAACUAUUUUCAUCUUGCAGAUUCUGAAGUAGGUAUAUUGUAUGUCAUAAAUGUAUUUUCCUAAUCUGCAGUGGUGCUAAAAAGUUAUGUUGACCUGUGGGUUUUACUGUAACAUCCAGCAGUAGGCUGUGACUUGUUUAAAGCAAAGCACUGUUUUAAAAUCUGUGCUGUGGUGUUGCUGGCAGGUGUCUGACUCAACCAGUCCUGUCUGAUCUUGCUGAGUGUGACUGACUUACACAUACCCCUCAGCUAGACCCCUGUCCUUCUCCAGCACCCUUCUGCUCUGUGAUUUUCAAAGGUCAUGGCAGUUGGUGUCUGACUUGAGUACUCUGUUCCAGUGACUGGGCUUACAAAAGUAGGAAGGGUUCACCCUCUACCUUGUACACCUUAGAUCUGAGAUUUGCCUGUGUUUGAGAUAAAAAAAAAGUGUAAAUACUUUAUCUAAAGUGUCCAUGCAGCAUUUGUAACAAGUGGGUGGCAGCAUUUUAUUCUAAAUCCUUCCAAGAAGUGCUGGAAUAUAGCAAGCACCACUGAAUUAAACACUUAAUGUAAGGCAGACUGCUGGAAAUAGCUGCUGGCUCAGAGCACAGAACUAUAACUGUGCAGGCUUCUGUUUGGGUUACCUUGACAUGAACAAGUCCAUGUCUUUGAAGGACAGGAAGCUGAAGAGAAGCAGAAUCUUUUCUUAAGGACAACUGAUACCCCAUGGUAUGUGUGGUGUCAUGUGCACUUACUUGGGCUGGAGUCCUGCUGCUUGCUGUGUCUCUUCAGCUGAGUGGAAAAAGCUCAUAUGACUGGGUAGUUCAUACCACCUUCAGCCAUGGAGGGCAUGCCCACUUGGUCAUGUCACUUCAUUAAUUGCAUGGUCAGUAACACCUACUUCUGGAUACUACUUUUAUUCUUGAAAUAGGAUGUUCUUUACACAAGUAUGCUCUGCCUUCUAAGAAGCAGUUACUGCCUAUCCUGGGAGAAGGCAAAUCAGGGCAAAUCCCUGACUCAGGCCUGGAGAUGGACAGUGGGAUGUUGUAUACCAUGACAACCUAGGCUUGUCAAAGGCACAGACAAGCUGUCCUUGAAGGUUAGAGUUCUUUUACCCACCAAGAUCAGAGCUGUAUAACCAUUAGCAACUUGUCAUAGCAACCACAACUUAUGACUGACAACUCACAGCAAGAACACAUUUCACAUGUUCCAGCUUCCACUUCAGACACCAAGAAAUGGGAAAAAGCCUUAAGUGUAAAUAAAAGCAUCUCAAUGUCUGCUGCCUCUUGCAGUGCAGAUCCACUGCACUGUUACAGCCUCUUAGGUGAAAGGUGGUUGCUACAGUUCCACAACCUCUUCUUGCCUCCCCCAGCCUUCAUGUACAGCAGGAACUGUUUAUCUCCCUUUCAUACACCCAUGAGAACAAGCAGCUAUGCAAUUUACCUCAACUGACUGGUACACUAGGGGUGGUAAUACUGCACACAGUACUUUAAAGCAAAUUUAUGCCAAAUGUUUAAAUAAUCUGGGUACAAGGGUGAGGCUCUAAGAGGUAUAAGACUUCCCCUUCUUUUCAAAGUUGUCUACCCAAGAUAAACAGUAUAUUUGCAUAUGUUCCCAGUAGUUAUGACAAGGUGAGAAAUGACCCCACAGCAGUGGAAUACUAAAAAUCUAUUUCUUAGAUUUGUCUUGGCUUUCAUUUUUUAAAGCUGAUGAUUGCAGCUUUUAAUACAAAAGUUGAAGCUUCAAGAGAAGCAGGAUAUUUAAACUGAACCUACAGCAAGAAGCUGGUAGCCAAAACAGACAUGCAUUUUGAGAGUUUACCUUUUGAAGUUUAUGUAAAGCUGUAAUUUUGCCAUUCACAGCUGCUUAAGCUGUACACAUGUACCAGUUGUUCAGCUCCAGACUUUAUGUUGAUAUAGGAAUUCACUGGAAUAAAGUUUGAUUUGGUUAA